AUGAAAGUUACCAUUGUAGGCGCAUCCGGCGAGACUGGGCAAUCCAUCACCCAUGCAUUGAUCCAACAACCUGAUACUUUUGAAGUCACUGCUCUAUGUCGCCCCGCAUCAGAAGACAAGCCUGAAUUUCAACAACUCAGAAAUCAUGGGGUGAAGGUGGUUACCCUUGACCUAGAAGCACCCCACGAAGAGCUGGUGGCAGCGCUCGUUGGACAGGAUACGGUGAUUUGCUGCAUCAUUCCUUUUGUACCAGAGACACAAAUCGCUCUGGCGAAUGCAGCCAAAGAAGCCAAGGUCAAGAGGUUUGUGCCCAGCGCAUUUGGGCCUGCUUGCCCACCAGCUGGAGUUCUAAUAUUGAGAGAAAUUAAAGAAGCGGUGCUUAAUCACAUAAAAAAGCUGUAUCUCCCAUAUACGGCGAUAGAUGUUGGCUGGUGGUAUCAAACUUCGUUGCCGCGACUUCCUUCGGGCAAGCUUGACUACGCUAUCAAGUUCCCUAACAGCAAGCUCGUUGGGGAUGGAAAUCUGAGGUCUGCCUUGACCGAUCUCAGAGAUGUGGGAAAGUACGUUGCCCAAAUUAUCACCGACGAACGUACCUUGAACAAAUCCGUCUUUGUGUACAAUGAAGUCUUGACCCAGGAAGAAGUUUACUCAACUCUCGAGGACUUGAGCAGCGAGAAAAUAUCACGCGACUAUGCCAACGAGGAAGAGAUAUUAGCGAACAUCAACGCAGCCCAGAAUCGAUAUGAUCAGGAUGGUUCGGUACCUAACCUUCUAGGUCUAUCAUCUACCCAGUAUGCGAACUCGGUUUGGUUGCGUGGUGAUAAUCUUCCCGAGAGCGCGUCGUAUCUGGGAUAUUUGAAUGGCAAAGAGCUUUACCCAGAUCUGAAGCACGUAACAUUUGCCGAUUAUGUGAAGGAAUUGGUUGCCGGGAAGGGCAAAGGGGUAUAUGUCGAUCGUGUCUUUGGAUUUGAAAAGGAUACGAAGAUGUUUGGCAAACAGUAUAAUCUAAGAAGGACCUAG